AUGGGCCUGGGCCACGAGCCCAACAACUCACUCCCCCUCGCCUCGGGCCGCGGCGCCCAACGGUCAACGGCACGAUGCGGCACCUCCUCCUCCACUCUCGCCGCCGCCUCCGCCGCGGCGGCGGCAUCCCCACCGGCCACCGCCACCACCUUCCCCUACUCCGCCCCCUCCCAGGUCUCCUCCGACGCCGACCUCCGCAAGUGCGCAGGCUACGCGCUGCUGCUCCUCGGCUGCGGCGCCGCGACCAAAUACUCCUUUCCGUUCCCCGCCGACGCGAUGCACAGGGCGUCCCGUUCCGGUACGCGCCGCCGCCGGAGUACGUGCACGGUGUAUCCAACUGGAGGUCUGGAGCGGCACCACGAGGUCCAUGCCUGCGUCCUCCUCCAGUCAGACCUCGAGGGCGCGCUCAAGGGACAUGGACUCAGGCUGCAGAACUUUGCGUCCAUUCGGGAGCAGCAGGUCGGAGGAUUGAUUCAGGUUGGUGCGCAUGGCACUGGUGCAAUCUUGCCUCCGGCUGAUGAGCAAGUCAUUAGCAUGAAACGGGUUAGCCCUGCCAAAGGGACAAUAGAGUUAUCAAGGGAGAAGGAUCCUGAUUUGUUUUGUCUUGCUUGCUGCGGACUUGGUGGCCUAGGUGUCAUCGCAGAAGUUACUCUUCAAAGUGUAGAAAGACAAAGACCUCAGCUUGUGGAACAUAUAUUUAUUUCAAAUGCAGAUGAGGAAGUGGCUCUCUGA